AUGUUGGCUUUGGCUCUGGGAAUUUACAUGGCCAUGAUUCAUAAAGUCAAUUCGGGACAUUUCGAGUCUAUGAUUAAACACAAAAGCUCGAAUCCACAUCAUACAUUCCAUAAUAAUACUCAACAACAACAAUCAACGAAUACAACAAUCUCUCAAGAUCCUAAAGUCAUUUGUAUUUCUAAUGAAUUAUUAUACAUUGCUAAAAUCACACAUCAUGGAAAUCUUCAUGGGUUAAUGAAAGCAAGCUAUGAAACCAUGUUUUCUUCAGAAAUUGCCUUUCCUUUCAAAAAGGAUAACUUUUUCAUUUUCUCAGAUCAACCCUUUUCAGAGCGUGACUAUUCUCAAUACACUCAUGCGACUCUUGUUCAAAAUACAAAAGGUUCAGGAUAUAAUGCUGCUCAGCAACGAUUCAUUGAGAGUCUAUAUUACAUGCUGGAUAAAAGGAAUGAAAGAAAUGAUUCAAAAGUUCACUGGUUCAUAUUAUCCGAUGAUGACAUGUUUAUGAUUUCAAGAAAUUUAUUUCGUGUCAUUGGAAAAUAUGAAAGAAAAAUAUCCAAUGGAGAAUUAGACAUGAAUCAACCUCUAAUUAUUGGAAGAAGUACGAAUUGUAGAGAGUUGAGUGGAGGAGCUUCAGUGAUUUUCAAUGAUAAGGCAAUUUUAUUGCUAAAGAAACACUUGGAUGCUUGUAUUGCAAAAUUUGGAUUGGAAUAUUUCGAUUUGACCAUUUACAAGUGUGUUUCACAAUACAUUCCAACACAGGAACCAAACUUGGAUCCCUGUAAGGUAUUGAAUAAUGAACAUACCAUGCAUGCUCUUCAUUACAUGUAUUAUUGUGAUCCAUCCAGUUAUCAAGAUCCUCCAAAUUUGAGUUGGUAUGACAGAUUUAGAUUUGGAGCUGGUUUUCACUACAUUAAGCAUCAUAGUGUGCAACCAAUGACGGAAAUUAUUCCGACACGAUUGCUUCGAAGAAAUCAAAUUCAAUGUUUUAAUGAGUUGGCCAUUGAAAAUGAUUUUUAUGGCAGAUCAGAACCACUCGCUGAUGACACUUCACAAGUCAAUUCUGUGAAAAUAUCUGAACUCAUACAGAAGGUACCUCCACAAGAUUUCAUUCAGUGGGAUAAAAAGGAGCAGCACCAAUCGGAUCCUGAAAAAGCUGCUCUCUACAUGGAAAAUCUUCACCAGUUGAUAUUUUCACAUUGGAAUAAUCAUUUCCUCAAAAAUCGAAAGAAAUUAUCUGGAUUUCUCAGUGGCAAGUUGAGCAAGAAUGAUGUAGCAGUCUUGGUCAUGCCAAGUGAUUAUUUGAACUCGCGAAAAAAGAUCAUUUCUCCCAACUAUGAUUUAUGGAGUCAAUACGACAGAGCUCUCAGUUAUUGGAAAGACUCUGUUAAAAUGAGUAAGGUUUUAGGAUGCAGGAUUGAGAAUCCCAUGUCACAAAAGGAUUCGUUUAAACAAUGCUUAAAUGGACAACUUGCUGCUCUUGCAAAUUCUAAAUGGGUGCUUGUGGUCUCAGAGUCCACAAAAGUUGACAUUAAUUUAUUACUACAAUAUUUGGAAACUUUUCCACAAGACAACAUGCUGUACAUUGGAGCUUUUUCCUCGGCACAAGAAAUGCUUCUCUCUCCGAAUGAAGAUUUAGGACUACCCUUUGGUGCAGGGUUUGUGGUUUCCAUGCCAUUUGUGAACAAAUUCCAAGAAUUGGCAUCUUCUGAAAAUACUAAAUUUUCAAUUUAUGAUCAAUUAUUGACUCCAAAUAAGAAUAUGAUACUAAGUGGAGGCCACUUUUUUAGACAUGCUCCUGAAUUCUAUUGUGUGAAUGGAGUUCAAAAUUUGGAAAGUUGGAUUGAAAUGAAAGUCAAAACAGCAGACAUUGAACCCAUGAUGGUCACUUUUACUCCAACUUCCACUUGUUUGAAUCGAUGGGGUUCAAUCGAUGAAUUUUUCAGAUUGCAACGUCAUACAGUUUUUUCACCUAUGGAUAAUGUUAAUAGAAAUUGUUUUGAUUAA